UCAUUGCUGGAGAUGACUGUCAGCUGCUUUCCGUGCGUAGCCACCAUCACAUGCCCCACCACCAGAGCCUGGGAAGCCUGACCACAGACCAGCAUCUCCAAGGCAUGAAUAAUUAGGUAGGCAUAAUGGAAGGCACUCACUGUACCCUCCAAUUGCGCAAGCCCAUUACCGAACUCUGCUACAUCAGCUUCUAUCUUCCGAAGGGGGAAGUCAGAGGAUUUUCGUACAAGGGCACCGUAACUCUAGACAGAUCCAAUAAAGGGUUUCAUAACUGCUACCAAGUUAGGGAGGGGUCAGACAUCAGCAGCCUCAGCCUGCAGCCGAAUGAACAUCCUGGUGACAUUUUUUUCAAGCCAACUCCCACCAAAGACAUUCUCACUGAGCUGUACCAAUUCACAGCCGAGAGGGAGAGACUGCUAGCCAACCUACUGAGCUCAGACCACAUCCUGGGGAUUACGAUGGGGAACCAGGACGGGAAGCUGCCGGAGCUCUCCGUGAGCCUGGCCCCCGAGGACGACUGUUUGCAGAGUGCUGGUGACUGGCGUGGAGAGCCUGCUGUGGGCUGUCUCCAUAAGAGGAGCUCCCACAGGAACAAGAAGGCCCGGAGGUUUGGUGGAAGGGGAGAGAGCUUUGAGGCUCUCGCUCAGAGCUCCUUGCAGAAGAGGACGAGAAGGAAGGGGCGUGGGGGUCAGGAAUCAGCUCCUCAGAUGGGGAAGCACCAGCUCUGUUCCAGCGACUCCCUUCCUCUUUCUCAAACAAGCCCUCAUCUUUGGCUCCUAGAGGAGACAGGCAACUUGCUCCCAACUGAGGCGCCUUCCUCGUCCCUGCAGACGGAAGAGAGUUGCACCCCAGAGAUCCCUGGGACACUGGAUGCUGACGCUGGUGUGGGGAGCUUCACGAAGGCUUCUGAGGGUGCCGGGCUUGGAGAGGGAAGGCCACUUCCUGGCUGCAGCUCCACAGAGACAGGAGACCAUAGUGCAGGGGUGCCAAAGAGGGACCCUUGUGGGCUGGCACGUGUGCAAAGAGGCUCCUCUGAAAGUCACAGGGAGCCUGAGAAACAUCCAGGAGCAGAGAGGGGCCAGAGAGAGAAGGCUACUGAGCGGACUUUUAGAAAGAAGCCUGGUUCCAAAGUGGUGGCCAGAGUCCAGGAUCUGUCUGCUCAGGUGCAGCGAGUAGUUCAAACACAUCCUGAGGCUGAGGAAAGGGUUGCCAUCUGCCCAGCCGCCCAAGCUGAGUUCAUUCCUAGCGCAGACUUGCCCACCCUCCCGGAAUCUGAGGCAGGGGAUUGGGGUGCCAGGGGUCAGGGCAAGGAACAUCGAGGAGAUAGGUUAUGGCAGCCAUCGGCCAGGGAGUGUCGCCCCACCAGCGCCGAGGGGGCUGUGAACAAGGUCCUCCUCAAGGUGAUAGAGAGUGAGAAAUUAGAUGAUGCCACCGAGGGGAAAAGGCUGGGCUUCCCCUUUGGCCCGACAGAAACUGGGGGCAAGAGGGGAGCUGGGCCACUUCUGAGUGGCCCCAAAACCUUGUUUCUGGCUCUGCCCCAUGAUGGAGACCCUGGAGGUGAUGAGAAGAGGCCACGCCCCACAGCCCUGGCAGCUCUUGGCCUGGUAUUGAAUAAUUCAUCCUUUCCAUCCAGUACACACAAACAGAUGUCACCUGUUCCCUCUCCUCCUUAUCCAAGCCUCCCCAGCCCUCGGCAACAUCACAGGAUCCUCCGGCUCCCUUCCCUGCCUGGCGAGAGGGAAGCCGCUCUUGAUGACUCUCUGGGUAGAAAGAGUGGUGCUUUCUCAGGGACCCCCUCUGCUGACACGUUGGAGCCACCAUCUUCUACAAAGGUCACGGAGACUGAGAAAGCCAGCCCGACCUCCCUCAGAGCGGACCAAGCUCGGUUGGUGCCCGGGGAACCAUUGGAAAAGACCUUGGGGCACAGGAAGACCGCAGCUCAGCGGAAGCCCUGGUCACCUCCAGGUUAGUCCUGCUUUAAAAUGCUUUCCAUGUGUUCUUGGGUGAGGAGUCAGUCUGCUCGUACUAUUCAGAGACUGACUAAUUAACAGUGAAUCAAAAUUCCUAGGGCCGUUAGUCAAUUCAUUUGUAGCAGGACA